CCAGUCCUCUCAUGUCCACACUGGUACUACUGUGUAGCUGCACAUAAACACAGGCGGACACACAAUGCUCCGCUGGCUGGAGCGACGACAAGACCCGUAACUUCGUGUCAAAUUCAGCCCCUUUUUUGUCUCUAUUAUGCUGCCUUUUACUUCGUGAAUGUAUAUCAGCCACCACAGCCACACAAUGAGAGGCAUCCUUAAGAGAAAGUUUGCAGAGGUAGAUGAAAAUCCCGGCUACUCCUCCUCCUCCCCCUCUCCUCCGUCCUCCCUCUCCUCCCCUGCUUCCUCAGAGUGGGAGUCGGAUGGGGAGGGCAGCUCGUCUGAAGAAUUCACACCUCACAGUCCUCCUUCAUCCACCGGUUUGCCCAUCCAGUCCAUCCUCAAGAGGCCAAAGCUUGCGAGUGGACGGAGCAACGUUCGCUUUGACCAGGUGACUGUUUUCAGUUUCCAGCACUGCCAAGGCUUCACCAGUGUUCCCAGCCGUGGAGGUGCAGCGCUGGGCAUGGUGAGGAGGCACAGCGCCCUCCACAGGUACACGGUGGCAGAGCACGCACUGGAACAACGGCACAGACGCAGAGAGAAGCUCAGACAAAGACUGAGAGAGGAGAAGUUGGAGGCACUGAAGCACAAAUUGAUCAUCAGCGGAGCCAUCGACCAGCGACAAGCAGACAGACUCACUGUGGAUCAAGUCCCAGACAGCGACCCUGACUUCCACAUCAGUGACGCUGAGCUGGACGAUCGAGGUUUCCUUCAGCCGUUCUCCUCCAAACAGCGACAAGCUCUUCUGCAGGCGGCAGGGGUGAAGCACAUCGACAAGGAGGAGAAGAGGCAGCUUCACGACCUGAGACUCUCCAGAGAGGCCUGUGGAUGUGACUGUCGAGGCUUCUGUGAACCAGAAACCUGCGCAUGUAGUCUGGCAGGCAUCAAGUGUCAGGUGGACCGCUCCAACUUCCCGUGUGGCUGCACUAAGGACAGCUGUGGAAACACUCAGGGACGCAUUGAGUUCGACUCCAGGCGUGUUCAGACACAUUACAUCCACACGGUCAUGAGACUCAAUCUGGAGAGGCGAAUCCAGGAUGAAGCGCUCAGCCCAGAGGAGCAGACUGGACUUCCAGAGGAGCUCCAGGAGUAUGAGGACCAGGAUGAGAUGCACCUGGAGCAGAGUGAACAGGACAAGAGGUGUCCAUUUGGGUUUAGUUUGGAGGAAGACAGGCUUCCUGUCACCAUGCCCACCACUCCUUUGUUCCAUUUCAUCCCAGAGCGUUUGGUCGUGGAGGAGAACAGCUGCAGCAGCGACAUGACUGAAUCCUCCUGCUCCUCUUCUGACUCUGAGUCUGGAGGAAACCUCGACAGGAGUCCGAAUCUUCCUGACGUUGAUGGAGGGCUGAACCGUGCUCUUAGUCUCUGUGAAAAUAAUAACUACUCUUCUUCAUGCAGCCAACUGAGGCACAUAGAACCACUGAUGCAGCACAGCAGCAGCUCUGCAGUUCACAGCACAACUACUGAUAGCGUGGGACCUCGACCAGCACUCACAGACAAUAUCAGCCGGACUUCAGUCACAGAUUAUCUGGAUGAAAAUGCAAACCAAGCCAGAGAUUUCUUUGAAGAUGGCUCUCUUGAGGGUUUCCCCAACACCCCCUCCCCCACUGUGGACUAUUCCUUAGGAGGGUACAUGGACCUGAGUCUCUCCUCUGAAUCCGACCUGGAGUUCUUUGACAGCGACUACCCCUCUGGACCACUGCACAGCUCCUUCAAAGCACACAGGCACCCGGACAGUUUCCGCCACCUGCAGCUGUGCAGUUCUGUCAGUUUGCCGCAGUACGAGUCGAGCACCCACCUCCUGGAGUCUCUGAUCGGCCUGACCGACCCGAGCACAGAGCAGAUAUCCAGCUUUUGUAGCUGAUUUAAGGAAUUCUUUUGCUGUUAAAAGAAGCUGUAUGAGAGAAAACAAUGUAAGAGCACUGCUUUUAUGUAUUUGUAAUAAUAAUUCAAUGUACAAAGAAUGAUUGAUAACAUAUUUUUACUUAGCUGGAUAUUUUUUCUAUUACCUAAAAAUUAUUUGCCUUUGUUUUAAAAGAAACCACACUUGAGUAAUUAAUAUAUGUCUUGUUUUUUGUUUACUAAACCUAAACAAUGAUCUCUGACAUGAUAUUUAAUUUCUUUUUUAUCAUGACCACCCACAAUAUUUGAUUCUUAUGCAGAGUGUGAAUUAUUUUUAAAUGUCAUCUUACCCAAAGUCAAGAAAGGGAGGAGCAAUGCAGAGUUACCAUUUCAAGAGCACAUUGUCCAAAAAUAUCAACAAAAACACCCGUAUGCUGCUGGAACUACAUGCUAACAACAUGUAAGCAGAUUAAUCCACUCAUGAAGGACUUUUAAAGACUGCCAGGUUUGCGGUGGAUUAUCCUUUAUGUGCUUAACAAUAUGUUUAGAAUAUUUCUGUGUUGGAGGGAUAAAAUAAAACAUUUUUAUUUAUUUA